GCCUCAUGCUCUCCCAAUACGGACACCGCGCCUUGGGCGCGCUGAUGCUCUUGGGCACCGCCUCGGGUUUGGUGGCCGUGCUGUCCUCGAUGCUGCUCUUCCAGAUCCAAGGAUUGAAGCACGACAGCAACUACCAGCUGUCCGGGAGGGUCCUCAAUCGCCUGAACCAGAGCUCGGCCGCCCUGGCCUCGCUCGGCUUGGUGCUCAGCCUGAGCUGCCUGCUCCUGAGCCUCCUGCACGGCUACUGCGGCGCCGAGCGAUGCGCGGCCUCGGGGGGCGCGCUGGGCAGCGAGAGAGGUGACUGGUUCCUGCUGGAGAGUCGAAAAGUGAGGCAUGUAGCUGUUGGUGUGUUUUGCUGUGCUGUUUUAGCCUACCUAGCAGCCCUCUCCGCCUACGUGACGAUGGCAUUUCAGAGAGAAACAGGAAUUACCUGUACGUGUAUCUUCUCUUCUGGGGUCGUCGUCUUGAUCAUUACGGUGAUCCAUGUGCUCAUCCAGGCUUCUAAAGCCACGCAGCGGAGCGUGUCGCACAAUCUUUACGAGAACGACUCGGCCCAGAGCGGCGAAACGCCAGCCGUCAUUCCUCCUAGCGAUGCUCCAAAAAUGGCCUCUUCGCAGUCACGUCUGGAAAUCCACCCGGAGGUUUCAUACUUGUCCUACAUGGAACAGAAGUCCCACCAGACCACUCCAGCGAGCGGCACCAAUGUCACAUCCGUGGACAGCACUGCAGCGACCCUGGAGAAAGAGGGGUGUAGUAGCAUCUCCAGGAUGCACCGGACACUUUCGGCAGAGUCUGGCCUUCUGCUGAGCCACGGAAUGAGGCAGGAAAAAGUCCUGUCUCGCAAACCAGCGGGAUCAGGCAAAGAUUCGACCUUAGUGUGAAAUCUCAGAAAGGAUCCCAGGGAUCUUCAAUCUCCAGAUGACCCUUGCUUGGAAGGAACACUUAUAUAGCUUGAUUGCUUCACGUGCUUUCUCAUUCACUCGUAAGUGGGGAACAAUUGUAUUGUCAACUCAUAAAACAUUCCUAUGUGUCUCUCCACGCACCCCAGGUGUUGGGGAGCGCUUGGAGAGGCCGGGACCCAGGACCCCGGUAAUAUCGAUUUAUGAUGAGAGUUGGCUUGCUAUUUUCCAUUCAUCCCCCUCCCUGAUUCUCAAGCAAACUUCAAAGGAUUUAUUAGAGGCUUCAUACAGGGCAGUGCCAGUAGGUCGCCUCUAAUAAAUCCUUUGAAGUUUUUUGAAGUUUGGCUUGAGAAUCACGAUUUAAUUAGGGCAAUUGCUGGAAUCUUGACAUGUAUUUAGAUUCCCUUUUAAAAGGAGAUUAGGGUCAGCCUCACUGGGUAGAGCAGACCAGAAAAUCAGCUCCAAGGCUUCCUGAGACUGUAAUUAAGCACAUGCUUAGUCCAAACAACUCUUGUUUUAUUUCAACGCUGGGAAUUA